AUGUGCCGCCUCUUCGCGUCCCCACAGGGAGAAGCGCUCAUAAUUCACGCCUUCGACACCAUAUCUCCUCCUAUGUUAGCACUCCCCUCCUUCCUCGUGUCCACCAACCACCAAGACAUCACCGAUACCACACACACCCCGUACCAGCAGGCCUUCAACACCACCCUACCAGCCUUUGAGUUUCUCGCCCAGCCCGGCCGAGAGAAGCAGUUUGACGCCUUUCACACGACGAUGACGGCCAUGCAAGACGCAAGCUGGAUGGAAGGCCUGCAAGUGCUCGACGCCGCCGCCGAGCAGGCAGGCGAGCACGAAUCACCCUUCUUCGUUGAUGUCGGUGGCGGGCAAGGACACCAGUGUAUCCAAUUCCUGAAGAUGUAUCCUGCCUUGAAAGGUAGAGUCGUACUGCAGGAUCUGUCAGAGGCGGUCAGCAAGUCUAAUAUCGAUGGAGUGACGAUCCAAGAGCAGGACUUCUUCACCGAGCAGUCUGUCAAAGGAGCAAAGUUCUACUACCUCCGCCGCAUUCUCCAUGACUGGCCCAAGGAGCAGUCGAAGCUUAUCCUAGCCCAUCUCGCCGCCGCCAUGGACUCAGAAUCACGCAUACUCAUCGACGAGGUCGCGCUACCAGACAUGAACGUGAGCCUGCAAGCCGCGAUGCGAGAUAUAACGAUGAUGGUGCAGCUGGCGGGGGUGGAGCGAACGCAGCAGGAGUGGAAAGAAUUGGUGGAUGCGGUCGAAGAUGCCGAGGGGAAGAAAGUGCUGGAGAUUGAGAGCGUGCAUGAGUACGCAAAAGAUGUUCAUGGGUGUGUUACUGUGCUGAAGCUUAGAUAG